AUGAGUAAAGCUCUAAGCCCUCGCUAUCAAGGCCUCUCAACCUAUGAGAAGGAGUAUUUAGUGAUCAUAGUGGCAGUGGAUCAAUGGAGGUCGUAUCUUCAGCAUGCUAAAUUUGUGAUUCACAUAGACCAGAGAAGUUUGGUGCACCUCGAAGAGCACCGUCUCACCACCCCAUGGCAACAGAAAGCAUUUACCAAACCCCUAGGCCUCUAG